AUGGCUGCGGCAAGAAAAUCUUAUCCUAAAAGAAGUAAAUAUUCUGUUCAAGAUCUAGUUGAAUAUACAGGAGAAAAUGAUGAAUUAUCUGAUCUCAGUUCUAAUAGUGUUUCUUCUAAUGAAGGUUCAAUUAUAUCUGUUACAGAAGAAGAAAUUAUGUGUACAUCAGCAGAUAAUGAUAGUGAAACUAGCCUUGUUGACAUUGAUGUUAUGCAAUUAAAUCAAAAAAAUACAAACGAUGAACCAAAUUGGAUAAAAAUAGAUGGUUAUAAAGCAAGUUCUGCUAAAUUUGAAGGUAAUCCAGGACCUGAUCCAAGUUUUCUAGUUAAUAGCAGUCCUCUUACUAUAUUUGAAGCAUUUGUAACAGACGACCUUGUUGAUCUUAUUGUCGAGCAAAGUAACCUUUUCGCAGUACAAUAUCUAAAAAAUAAUGUAAUUAAAGGUAGAUCUCGAGUUCAAAAAUGGACACCUUUAGUCAGAGCUGACAUCAGACUCUAUAUAGCAUUCAUUUUAUAUCGUGGAAUCCUAUGGAAACCAACAAAUGCAAUGUAUUUUUCAACAAAUCCUCUGUUUGACACACCUUUAAUAAGAAAAGUGUUAUCUUUUGAUAAGUUUUGUCUUAUUGAGAAGUUUCUUCAUUUUGUUGAUAACAGUAGUUUACCAAUACAUUCCUGUAAAAAAGCAAAAAUUGAACCCAUCUACGACUACCUAGUAAACAAAUUCAAAACUCUGUACAUACCAAAUAAAAAUAUAUCGAUCGACGAAUCGUUGCUGCUUUGGAAAGGUCACCUAAGCUGGAAGCAAUACAUUCCAAGCAAACGUUCCAGAUUUGGAAUGAAGUCUUUUGCAUUAUGUGAAUCAGCUACUGGGUAUAUUUGGAAUUGUUUCUUGUACACUGGUAAGGAAAUGACUGACGGUUUUGCUCUUGACAUGCACAAAUACAAGUAUCAAGCUACUAAAAUUGUUAUUACGCUAAUGGAUAAUUUAAUUGGUAAUGGCUAUUGUUUACAUGUUGACAACUGGUAUACAUCUUAUGAAAUUUGCAAGGUAUUACUGGAUCAUAAUACUGAUUGCAUUGGCACAUUACGUAUUAACCGAAAACAGUUACCACAAGAUAUAAAAAAUGCUAAGAUUAAAACUGGCGAUACUUUAGUUCGUUUUGAUACUAAAACAAAUAUAAUGUGUACCAAAUGGAAAGACAAAAAAGAUGUACACAUGCUGAGUACCUGUGUUCAAAAUGAUACAGUCGUUGUUAAUAGAGCUGGUAAAGAAAAAAAUAUUCAUGAGUAUAACAAAAACAUGGGUGGUGUUGACCGAUCUGAUCAAAUGUUAACAACAUACGAAUCCGAAAGAAAAAGGGUGAAAAAAUGGUACAAAAAGAUUUUCAUGCAUUUGAUUAGUGUUAGUGCAUUCAAUGCAAAUAUUAUAAACAAUAAAAUAUCACCUAAUAUGACAUCCUUGCAGUUUAGAGAGUCCAUUAUUAAAGAGAGUAUUGUCAAGUACCAUGAAUCAGUUGAGAAAAAAAGAAGUCGAACUCGAGUAUUACCAUCUCCUUUAAGAUUAGUAGAACGUCAUUUUGUCGAUGCUAUACCAGCAACAGAAAAAAAUAUAAAACCAUGUAGAAGGUGUGUUGUCUGUUCUGAAAACAAAGUUAGAUCAGAUACCCGAUAUAUGUGUGUAGACUGUAAUGUUGGUUUAUGUGUUGUGCCUUGUUUUAAUGGAGGCGUAGUAAGCAAUGAUGUGUCAAAUAACUCAACGAACGCUAAUAAGAAGAAUCUUAUUGAUUUUCUUCUUACGAGUGAAAUUGAAAAUUACAAUCAACAAGAAGCACCUGUGAGUAUUUCAGACGAUAGCGUAGAUAAUGACUCGGCAUUUUGGCCGCUGACGCUAAAGCAAAGUGAACGGAUUAAAAUUAUACAGAAACGCCCUUAUCCUCUACCUGAUGUGUUUUCCCGCGACAGAAAAUAA